UUUAUAAAUCAAUGAUUUGAUUAUUACUAGGAAAAUAACAGAGUUUAAGGGUUUAGUAUAUGAUCCAAGUUUAAUUGUUUAAUGAUUCGAGAUUCUCUUGUUCUUGUACAUUGAUAUCUAACAUUAUUGUCAGAUCACAUAAUUAGCCUAUUUAUUUUUGAUAAAACACAAAAAUCAUUUGAAAUCCAUUUAUCUACGUAUCCACGUGUGAGAUUAGAUGGCGUUGUAACCGAAGAGAGCGUUCUAGAAUCUGCUAUUGAUAGAGAAGCACGUAUAUAUGAUGCACCAAUUAGCCCCAUUUUGAUUAUAGUACUCGACACAUGUACUUGAUUUUGGGUUGUAUACUUGUAUUAAACAAACCAUUGUGUGCUUGUGGCCCCUUUCAUGCGCCACUGCUCGUCCGUGGAAAAUUGUCCUUCAUAGCUUUUUUGGUCCCACUAAAAUUGUUACAUUUUAAUGUAUGAUUUGAAAUGUGGGCAUGGUAUUAAAUUAUUGAGAUAGAGAGUGUAUGAUCAUUUAAAAAAUGUAGCUUAUUUGUUAGGGAAGAUGAAAUAGGAAAAUGUAACAAUAUUGAUAGAAAAGAGAUACUAUGUUCCUAGAACUUCUCGUUGUCCCAAUCAAUUUGGAACAUAACAAAUACUUUGUAGAAGUAAUUACAUCCUCUCCUAACCUAAGAUUUUAAUUUCUUUUAUUUUGAUUCAUAGACAAAUUUAUUUCAUUUGUUUUCUGCUGCUUUAUUAUUUCAAUUAACAACUUAUCAAAAUCAAUGUACCCAAAUAUAUAUAAUGUAUAACAAAUAGAGGCUACUAAUUUAUAUUUUCAAUGCGUGAGCCUUUUAGAUAUGGGGAAACUUGAAAGGAAAUUGGAUUUUGGUGGGUUAUUGGCUUAACCUCAGUAAACCUUUCUGAGCAUAUUCAACAUGUUCGAUCGUUUAAAUAUAUAAAAUUGUUAGAAAAAUAUAAUAAUUUUUAAAAUUGAACAAGGCCUUCAAAGAAUUUUUGAAAUUUUGCUCCACCCCUAACCUGAAAUGCCGUUUGGUAGUUAUAGUAGUAAUGAAUUUUCCAUUGGCCAAGCCGAGGGUGUCAUUGGCCACAACUUCGUACGGCUUUCCGUCUUUUAUCAUUCUCUAGACAUUGCAGUUUUGAGCGGAAUAAUACUGGGUAUGAUGAUAAGAUGAGGAAUAUUAAUGAAAUGAAUAAUACUUGUGAAUUUGUGAUGGACUAAUAAAUUUAGAAGUACAUCCUAAAUUGUGGCUGAAUUUGAACGGAAUAAUACUCAAGCCGAGGGACUCUUUGACCGCACUCUUCUCUAUAGGUAUGAGCUGUCGUUGUUCUUCUCGGGAUACACUGGAUAUGAUGAUGAUGACGACGACUCUAUUUUUCAGAAUUUGAAAUUUACCAUUUUGGUUCAUUUUGGUGUAUUUGCUAGUUUCUUAGGAUAACUUACAUUCCUAUUUUGCGUUUUAUUUUUCACUAACCCUUUAAAUUUUUAUAAAGUAUGCAUUUGUAUUUGGGGCAAACUCAUGAGAUAAAAGACUAUCCGUCGCCAUCUAAUAAUUUCAUAUGCUCUAUUAAGAUCGAAAUAUUUUCUUCAUAUCUAGGUCAAUUAUGAUUUAUGUGUGAAAUUGAUAUAUUGUACUUAAAUCAUACUUCUAAUAAACUUACUUGCAACAAGGAAUUGAAAGUGACCCAUUUUGUAAUCAACCGGUAUUGUCCUUGAUCCGAUAUUGACAGAACUUAAAUGAUAAGUUUUCAGCCACAAUUUAGGAUAGUGAUGGUUUAGAACACGGACUAUUCUAUGCCCUAUGUGAUAUUCAAAGAAUCAAUUGCACUUUACAAAAGAUGCUUUUGGGAAUAGCAUAACUGUACCUGUCAGUUUCUUUGCCCUUAAUUACCCUUCCAUUUGUGUCAAUUUUACAAAUUUAGCCCAUGCCUAUUACUCCUUAUGUCCACAUGCCCACAUGAGAAUGGCACCAUCUCUAUAAUUGUUUGAACCAUUUAUCUUGCAAAAUUUUCAGUUUGGUGUAAAGUCACAGAAAAGGUCGUCAAAUUUUCAAGUCAUGGGUGCUGUUAAUAAUUCCAAAACAAAUAAGGAGAAUCCAUUGCCAACAGAGGCAAAGAAGAUUCUUCAAUCAAUAGCGUCAGAAUGGAGUGAUGUAGCUGACCCGAAUGCGUUACAAGUGAUUAGACUGAAGGGUGCGAUGACCAAUGAAGUUUAUCAAAUCAAAUGGCCAACCAAGGCUGGAGAAAUGUCUCGGAAGGUCUUAGUAAGAAUAUAUGGCGAGGGCGUGGAUGUCUUCUUCAAUAGGGAGGAUGAGAUUCAGACUUUUGAAUGUAUGUCAAAGCAUGGCCAGGGGCCUCGUUUAUUAGGGCGAUUUCCAAAUGGGCGAAUUGAGGAGUUUAUUCGAGCAAGGACACUAUCUGCUUCUGAUUUGCGUGAUCAAGAUAUAUCUGCCCUAAUUGCUGCCAAACUAAGGGAGUUUCAUUAUCUGGACAUGCCUGGACCAAAAACUGUUAAACUUUGGGAUCGAUUACGCGAUUGGCUGAAUACAGCCAAAAGACUUUGUCCUCCUGAAGAAGCCGAGUCAUUUUGUUUAACGUCUUUAGGAGAAGAAAUUUCUGAAUUGGAAAGACAGCUUUCAAGCAAUCAAUUUGUAGGAUUUUGCCAUAAUGAUUUGCAAUAUGGUAACAUAAUGAUAGAUGAACAAAAAAUGUUCAUUACUAUAAUUGACUAUGAAUAUUCUUGUUACAAUCAUGUUGCUUUUGAUAUAGCCAAUCAUUUCUGUGAGAUGGCUGCUGAUUACCAUUCAGAAACGCCUCAUCUUAUGGAUUAUAAUAAAUACCCUGGUCUGGAGGAACGCCAGAGGUUUUUGCGCAUAUAUCUAAGUUCAUCAGGAGAGGAGCCCAGUGAUCAUGAAGUGGAACAGCUACUUGAAGACGUUGAGAAGUUUACACUUGCAAGCCAUUUGUUCUGGGGAUUAUGGGGCAUAAUAUCGAAACAUGUGAAUGAUAUCGAGUUUGACUACUUAGAGUAUGGACGGCAAAGGUUCCAGCAGUAUUGGCGAACAAAACCUAAGCUGUUGGAUUCGUAACCUGCUGCUUCAGCUACUUCUGCUAAGUUGGCAAUUGUAUUGCUCAAUUCAAUAUCAAGGCAAAUGAGAGUUACAUGGGGCUUACUGGUAUAAAGAUGAAAAUGUAGCAAAAGUGCAUAGUGUACAAGGAAGCUGCGGAUUGAAGCUCAAAUACUAACUUGUGAGAUGUUGGUUCAUAGCCUUUCCUGGAUGAACGUUAAAUUUUAAUUAUGAUACUAAAUGGACUUUCCGUCCAAAAAAAUUUAUGGCACAUCCCUGUGUAUUUAAUAUAUGUAUAUUAUUUUGGUAAUGUGAUACACCGAACUAUUUUACGUUUUGGAAUGAAUACUUUUUUUUUAUAAAGCAUAUCUCUCUCUCUUUUGAUUCCAGU